CUCCCGCGCAGGCGUAGUAGUCGUUUGCUACGCCCCGCCUCUCCAACAGCUGGGCAGGCUCGCAAGCCAUGGGCUGCGAAGGUAGAUGCCACUGCCCACGAGUAAGUGCGUGAACUGAACAUGACCAAUCCGUUAAGAUACAAAGUGCUGAACCUUUACAAAAAUCUGCUGUACCUCGGAAGGGAAUACCCCAAAGGGGCAGACUACUUUCGGACCCGGCUGAAGGCGGCGUUCUUGAAAAACAAGGACGUGAAGGAGCCCGAGAAAAUCAAAGAACUCCUUGCCCGAGGGGAGUUUGUCAUGAAAGAGCUGGAGGCUUUAUACUUCCUCAGGAAAUACCGAGCUCUGAAACAGCGUUACUAUGAAGAGGAUGGCAAAUGAUGUGCAUUGUGGUUCGAAACGAUUCCCCAGGCCAUAGGUUGAGGGG